GCCGCCCGGCUGCCCGCGUCCGCGCCGCUCUUCAUGCUGGACCUGUACCACGCCAUGGCCGGCGACGACGACGAGGACGGCGGCCCCCUCGAGCGGCGCCUGGGCCGCGCCGACCUGGUCAUGAGCUUCGUGAACAUGGAAGCUGCCUCCCGCCAGCCGGGCCUGGCCCUCCUCAGGGCCAGUGAGUACUGCAGGCCUGAGCUGUGGUGUGAGUGGGAGUCUGACUUGUUCUUUUUGGAUCUUCAGACGCUCCACGCCGGGGAAGAGGGCUGGCUGGUGCUGGACGUGACAGCCGCCAGCGACCGCUGGUUGCUGAACCGUAACCAGGACCUGGGACUCCGCCUCUACGUGGAAACCGAGGAUGGGCACAGCGUGGAUCCUGGCCUGGCCGGUCUGCAGGGGCGACGGGCCCCGCGCUCCAAACAGCCUUUCAUGGUCACUUUUUUCAGGGCGAGCCCCAGUCCCGUGCGGGCCCCUCGGGCUGUGAGGCCCCUGAAGAGGAGGCUGCCGAAAAAAACCAACGAGCUGCCGCACCCCAACAAACUCCCAGGCAUCUUUGACGGCGUGCACGGCGCCAGCGCCGACCUGCGGCAGGUGUGCCGGCGGCACGAGCUCUACGUCAGCUUCCGGGACCUCGGCUGGCUGGACUGGGUCAUUGCCCCCCAGGGCUACUCGGCCUACUACUGCGAGGGGGAGUGCUCCUUCCCGCUGGACUCCUGCAUGAACGCCACCAACCACGCCAUCCUGCAGUCCCUGGUGCACCUGAUGAAGCCGGACGCGGUGCCCAAGGCGUGCUGUGCGCCCACCAAGCUGAGCGCCACCUCCGUGCUCUAUUACGACAGCAGCAACAACGUCAUCCUGCGCAAGCACCGCAACAUGGUGGUCAAGGCCUGCGGCUGCCACUGAGCUGCCCG